CACGCCGAUGACGUCAGAGAGGCGCCUGAUCCGAAAUUGACGCCGGCUGGAGCAAGUCCGUGCGUUUUGUAAAUUGUUUCUUGGGCUUAUCGGAUUUUUUUCAGGUGGAAACUUAAACAGAAAAGCAUCCAAGUGGGGGUAAAAACCUCUGAACAAAGCGAAGAAAGGAAAAGAAUGCAUGAGGCCUGGAGGAGACAUCGUUAGAGCGCUCCGGAAGCUGGCCGACAAUGAAGGCUGUGAUCUACCAUGCCUUUUCUCAUAAAGAAGCCAAGGACCACCAUGUGCAGGAGCUGGGAACCCAGCGGGCUGAGGCCUUUGUGCGGGCCUUCCUGAAGCAGAGCAUACCUCACAUGAGCCAACAAGACUGCGAGAGCCAUCUGCAGCGCAAGGCUGUGAUCUUGGAAUAUUUCACUCGCCUGAAGCCGAAGCCAAGGCCAAAGAAGAAAUCCAAAGGCCUCUCUGCCAAACAGAGGAGAGAGCUGCGGCUCUUUGACAUUAAACCAGAGCAACAGAGGUACAGUCUCUUCCUCCCUCUACAUGAACUCUGGAAACAGUACAUCCGUGACCUGUGCAAUGGGCUCAAGCCAGACACGCAGCCACAGAUGAUUCAGGCCAAGCUCCUGAAGGCAGAUCUUCAUGGCGCUGUUAUCUCAGUCACGAAAUCCAAGUGCCCCUCCUAUGUGGGAGUUACGGGCAUCCUUCUGCAGGAGACCAAGCAUGUCUUCAAGAUCAUCACCAAAGAAGACCACCUGAAAGUUAUCCCUAAGCAAAAUUGUGUGUUCACCGUAGAAAUUGAUGAUUUCAUUUCCUACAUUUAUGGAAGCAAAUUCCAGCUUCGGGCAAGUGAGCGGUCUGCCAAGAAGUUCAAAUCAAAGGGAACAAUUGACCUAUGAACUCUUUGCCACUGGAGACAGAUGUCCCUGACACCUGAGAACUGGAAACACCCUGAAUGUUCACUUUUCCUUGAAGAACCUCUGGCUGUAGCCCGCCUCUAGUCCAGGGAAAACAGAGGGGCUGAAGAAUAUUGAACAACACAAGAGAAAGCUAGGGGUAGAUAUUUGUAUUUUUAGCUAACAAAAGUUAGCUUUAGUUGUACAGGGAGGAAAGACUAGCAGAAAUACACCAGGAGUAACCUUAGUUCAUCUGAAGGAAAGGGCGUUUAGGUUUCUGUCUUUCCUACUUCUCUCUGUGUAUCCUGAACAUUCUAGCUAAGUCAGUUAUUCAAGUAAUAAUAAAACCAGACCACAGGCAUAAA